GGCUCGGUGCUGAAACGCCUCGGGAAACGUGAAUGAAUACUGGUGUUUCCUGAGGGUGUGUGCGUUUGGUGUGGUCUCUGUCUGCGCGUUCACGCGGGCACGCACAGUGGCCAGCCCUCUCCUGGAGCCGUGCACAUGAGCCAGUAUCCGCAUCCACUUCAGCGUCAGCUGUGCGCACACACGCCAGAUCCGGGAUCUGCUCCAGUCGCCACCGGGUUCCACUGAGUGGCUGACUAGUUUUCACCCUGCGCGUCACUGCCGGACGGAGGAGAUCGGACUCGAGAGGAACCGAGCUGGGCCUUUGCUUUCUUCCGUCAGAAGAUGGCAUCCAAUGACUCGCGCGUCCAGCAGCAGCCCUCCCAGAAGGAUGCGGCCGACCAGAACUUUGACUACAUGUUCAAGCUGCUGAUCAUAGGCAACAGCAGUGUGGGAAAAACCUCCUUCCUGUUCCGCUACGCUGACGACUCCUUCACCUCUGCCUUCGUCAGUACUGUGGGCAUCGACUUCAAGGUCAAGACCGUCUUCCGCAAUGACAAGAGGAUUAAGCUGCAGAUCUGGGACACUGCGGGGCAGGAGCGUUACCGUACCAUCACCACAGCCUACUACAGAGGAGCCAUGGGCUUCCUGCUCAUGUAUGACAUCACCAACCAGGACUCCUUCAACGCGGUGCAGGACUGGGCGACGCAGAUCAAGACGUACUCAUGGGACAACGCUCAGGUGAUCCUGGUCGGUAACAAGUGUGACCUGGAGGACGACAGAAUGGUCCCCACAGAGGACGGCCAGAGGCUGGCAGAGGAGCUAGGUUUCCAGUUCUUUGAGGCCAGCGCUAAAGACAACAUUAAUGUGAAGCAGGUGUUUGAGCGCCUGGUGGACGUCAUCUGUGAGAAGAUGAACGAGAGCAUGGAGGGAGACAUCAACCUCAUGUCCAACCACGGGAACCAGGCCCUUAAAGACUCGCCUCCAGAGAGCCAGGGAGGCUGUGGCUGCUGGACCACCUGCCUUCUGACCCUGAACACCCCACCACACCCAUGCACACACACUGACACUCGAAUACAAAGACCUUCUCCUCCUGUGCCUCAGCCACGGAAAGCAACACACCUUUUCCUGCAUCGUCCUCACAGCGCAGCAUGAGGUCAUCUUCAUCAGCACUGCCGUGCUCCUCUUC